AUGGCUCAUUCAAGUACGGGUCACAGGUACUGCAGUGCAAUACCAGCUCUGGACAAGUUCUUGUGCUCCGGUGUCACACCUACUGUCAGCCUCUGCUGCAGGAGCUCCUUUGUAGUGCAUCCUGCCUGGAUCACCGAGCCCCUCAUCCACCAAAGGUGCCGAUGGAUGAGCCACUGCCUGCCCUCCCCUGGCCUGGUGUGGGAGAGGCCGAGCACGCUGGAGAGAUCGGUGGGCUUAGACAGCAACGUCCCUGUGCUGGCGAGAGGGGACCAAGAUGGCUUUUAUUACCUCGGUACAGUAAAAGAGGAGAGUGAGCAGAGUGAAAGCGGCAUGUUCCUGGUAGAGUUUGCCAAACCACUUGUGUCACAUGGAAGGCAUCCAGUGUCUGUGCAAAAAACAGCAAAGGAUGACAUCCUGGAGUACGUGAAUGGGAUGAAGCACUCCUUACUCCCUGGAGACAAAGUACUAGCACCCUGGGAACCAGAUGUGGCCAGGUAUGGCCCAGGAACUGUCCUCUCAGGCAUUGAGACAAGGGACCCCUUGCGAGCCUCAGAAGAUGAAGAAAUUAUGGUCAAGUUCUGGAAUGGCAAGAAAGUGAAACUCCCACGAGGUGUGGCUGUGUGGAUCCCCCCUAGCCUCUGCGAGAGGAUUGUAGAGAUGAUCCACAUGCCCUUCACCAGCAGGGUGAAGUCCAGAGAAAGUCCGGACAAUAACUCUUGUAUUUUUUCCUGCAGUCUGAAACCAGCCUUGACUCCCAUUUGUUCUGUAUGUAGCCUUGCCAAGCACUACUUGCUCUGCUCGCCCUGCUGUUCACGUUUCCACUGGUAUUGGGAUGGUAUAUGCUGUUCGUUAGCAUGCAUAAGGUGCAUCUGCUGCUGCCAUCCCCAUGUUGAUGCCUGGUGGCCUCUUCCACCCAGGUCUCUGGUCUUUCAGAGAGAAACUGAAGAGGCAGAGUCCAGCAGUGAGCCUUCUCCAUGCCUUCUAGAACUGGAAGGUCCAAAACAAGAGGAACCAGCAGCUGUGGUAGCAUCUUCUCCCUCUUCUGAUUCAGAGUGUGACCUGGAGCCAUUCCCCACUAAGAGUACUGUGGUGGACAGUGCUGAUAGCACAGACUCCAGACGUCCUGAGAAGCCCGGGCUAAAAGAUUCCACAAGACCUGUGUGGAAAUACUGGAAAAGAAGCCACCACAUGUUCCAUCCUAAUAAUUCAGCUCGUCCAAUGGAAGACUACCAGAACAAUGGAUUUCAUUGGGAAGCAGGAGCUGGCAGUUGCAGCAGCACAUGUACAAAGGGCAAGCUGAAACCCAAAGCCAUCUCCAUUGUGGACAUGUCUCGUGUUGCCCCGACUAAUCGGAAUGCAAUGUUUGAAACCAUUGAGCAGUCUCCCAGAGGGCAACUCACAAUGAAAGAAACCUUAAGAGACCAAUAUUUCAAGCCGUUAGCAGGGGAAGGUUUUGCAGCAUCAGGAAAACAAAGAUGGAAAAGAGCAAGAAAGAAAACAGAGUCAGAUGAUAAACAUAAAGCAACUUGCACAGGAGACAACAAAGUUGAUGAUACAGACCAUGUCAGAAGAGGACAGACAGAAAAAGGCAGCGAAGAGAGAGACAUGAUCAAUGCUAAUUCAAUAAAUGUACAGUUGGUUAAGUUCAGGAGCUGA